AUGGGAACCAGCGACUCCAUCGAAGCCAAUGCUUCGUCUUUCCUCGUGGAGAUGAGGGAAACGAGUCACCUCCUCAAGAACCUCACAAGUCGGAGCCUGGUCCUUGUGGACGAGCUGGGCCGCGGCACCGCGCAUGCCGAUGGUCUUGCGAUUUGCCGGGCUGUGUCCGAGAGGUUGCUAGAUCUGAAAGUCUACACCUUCUUCGCAACACACUUCUUCGAGAUUUGCUGGGGCUUAGCUGCGCUCAACGGCUUUCGCAGCAUGCACCUGGAGCAGAUCGAGGAUUCCAAGGACGGACUGCAGCGAACACGUUUCUGCGUGCAGCACGUCGCCUCCAUGAAGCCUCCUUUGUUGUCUGGGUCCUGGGAGGCCCUUCACGAGAAGGCCGAGGAACACUAUGGCCUUCGCGCUGCUGAGCAUCUUGGACUGCCGCAGGCGCUUCAAAGACUUCAAAGAGUCAACGAAACUAUGCAGAAAGAAUGCACGAAGACACGCGUUUACACUGUUAGCACGUGCGUAGAGGUCUUGCAACUUUGGGUGCUAGAAACGGCGCGGCAUUGCUGCAGAGAUGGGGGCACAGAUUGGGGAUGCUGUUUGGGCGGCUGCCAGACACUGGUCCGGCGUGGCGAAGAGAUGGCCGUGCAGGUGCCGUGCGGAGUAGCUUCCAAGCAUUUGCAAUCAUUCGCAAGAAAGUUACGGGAAAAUCUCUUGGCCUCGCGAAUCACGAGUCGCUAG